CAGGAACUGGCAGAAACGGACAUGCACGCAGAGUCCCGGCCGGAGUCUCCGCGCUGGGGGGCGUCAGAGGAAAGGACCACAUCUUUACCCGGCCCUGCGCUUUAGGGGCGUGUCCGAUUGGCAAAGCCGGCCAGCUACGCACGGAGCCGCAGCGGAUCGGAACUCCUGGGGGGGAAAGAGGCAGAGGUAGUCAUGUCGGGGAGCGGGAGUAUGUGCCCGACGGAGGCGCAGAAUGGGGGGUCCUGCGGCGCCGCCAGGGAUCCACGUGUUACCGGCCGGGCCGUCGGAAACAAAGUCACUGUGGUGCUCGGGGCUCAGUGGGGCGACGAGGGCAAGGGGAAAGUCGUGGACCUGCUGGCCCAGGACGCCGAUAUCGUUUGCCGAUGUCAGGGCGGAAACAAUGCCGGACACACUGUGGUUGUGGACUCCGUGGAGUAUGACUUCCACCUCCUUCCUAGUGGCAUCAUCAACCCCAACGUCACUGCGUUCAUAGGCAAUGGAGUGGUGAUCCACCUGCCAGGCCUCUUCGAAGAGGCCGAGAAGAACGAGCGAAAGGGAAAAGGUCUGGAGGGAUGGGAGAAGCGGCUGAUCAUUUCGGACAGGGCGCACAUCGUUUUCGAUUUCCACCAGGCGGUAGACGGAGUCCAGGAACAGCAACGGCAGCAACAGGCAGGAAAGAACUUGGGAACGACGAAAAAGGGCAUUGGGCCCGUUUAUUCAGCCAAGGCGGCCCGCAGCGGCCUCCGGAUAUGCGACCUCCUCUCUGACUUCCAUGACUUCUCUGACAGGUUUAAGGUGUUAGCGAUGCAGUACAAGGCCAUGUACCCCACCCUGGAGGUUGAUGUCGAUGGCGAGCUUGAGAAGCUGAAGGCGUACGUGGAGAAGAUCGAGCCUAUGGUGCGGGAUGGCGUGUACUUCAUGUACCAAGCACUUCACGGGCCCCCGAAGAAGAUUCUGGUGGAGGGGGCCAAUGCAGCCCUCCUGGAUAUUGACUUUGGGACGUACCCCUUUGUCACUUCCUCCAACUGCACCGUGGGCGGAGUAUGCACGGGCCUGGGCAUGCCCCCACAGAAUGUGGGCGAGGUGUACGGUGUAGUCAAGGCUUACACCACACGUGUGGGGAUCGGAGCAUUCCCCUCCGAGCAGAACAACGACGUCGGUGAGCUCCUGCAGACCCGGGGGAAGGAGGUGGGCGUGACCACGGGUCGCAAGAGGAGGUGCGGUUGGCUGGACCUGGUGCUAAUUAAAUACGCCCACAUGAUCAACGGUUUCACUGCGUUAGCCCUAACCAAACUGGACAUUUUGGACGUGUUUUCUGAAAUUAAAGUCGGCGUGGCUUACAAGGUGGACGGCGAAUCGAUACCUCACUUCCCAGCUAACCAAGAAGUCUUACAAAAGGUGGAGGUGCAGUAUGAGACUCUCCCUGGCUGGAACAGUGACACCUCUGGCGCUAGGACAUUUGAAGAGUUGCCCGACAAUGCCCAGAAAUACGUCUCCUACAUCGAGUCGUACCUGGAGGUGCCUGUCAAGUGGAUCGGCGUGGGCAAGUCCCGGGAGUCCAUGAUCCAAGUCUUCUGAGGGGCCUCGCUGCUCCCGGAAGAGGGCUGCCGCCGGCCCAUCUGGACGUCCCACUGCUCCCUCCCCCUCCCCGUGCCAAUCAAGGCCCUGGGGCUUAAAAGUUUGGGGGAGCACAGAGGCACCUAGCUACAUAUGGAGACUUCUCUGUGUGGGGACCUCUCUGUCUUCUGUGUGAUGCCAGAGGGACAGUGGGCCAAUCAGGGGUCGGGGGGGGCUUUUUGGAGCAGAUGAGCUCGCCUGCUGUGUAAAUGCAGGUCUCUUCCUCACUGUCCCAGGACCGUUAAACCCGCGGCUCCAACUGGCAGUAACAUAAACAGCAACAAUUGUAAUAACAGAAAUGAUUAUACUCUUAAAACAUGGAUGGCUCCUCCCUCCCCCAUCCACCCCCACUCACUCCCGUUCUUCUCUCCCGGUCCGGGACGCUCCAGAACCUUGGAAUCUAAAAACGGAGCCACGUCCGCAUGCCGUGUGUCUUGUAGAUGUCUAGUUUCGCCUCAGCUUGGGAAAUGUCCAGUUUUCAUUCUGCGUUCUCCGUUGUCAGUCUGUCCUUUGGGAACAAGGUGCGUGUGUGUGUGUGUGUGUGUGUGUGUGUGUGUGUGUGUGUGUGUGUGUGUGUGUGCGCGCGCACGUGCACGCAUGCGUAUAAGGAGACCUUUAUGAUCUAAAAACUUUCAACCCCACAAUGCACUUUCAUCUGUUACCUAACCAGCCGUCACAACGCAAGUUCAUCACUGUUUGUGACUUAUUUUUUUUAUGUAUUAUUGUUGGUGUAUAAGGUUUUAGAUCUGGCUUUAUUCCUGAAGGUACCAUGUGGGGGUCAAACUGGAUUCAGUGCUUCCCAGAAAGGACAUCCCCACCUUUGUAAUCGUGACUUGAACGCAGAUUGAUUGGCAUCUUGAUUGGCUCAGUUACCUGGCUGCUGUGCUUGGAGGCCCCUCACGUCUAUGAACAGAAAUCACACUGUUGUAAGGAGCGCGACCCGGCAUCCGUGACAGUCAUUCACAACGCAACGGCCCAAGGAAUGUCCUUCUUAUGCCUCUGUUUAUAUUCUUUAUGGAAAAGGGAGGAUGAUACUAUUUAAUGAGGUCAGUAUGGCCUGUGAACACCAUGUUCUACCAUGUAAAACUCAAAACAUCAAAGCAGGAAUGUGUUUUAAUAUACAGCCGUCGUUUGGCGCGUUCUGGUUAGUCCUGGUUUUUCCUUUGCUGUUCAUAUUUUUUAAACAUUUUAUAGUAACCUGGAAGGUCUUUCUUCUUCCGAGCAACACGUGACUGCGCCAGCUGUACCGUUCUGUAAAUGUGUCAAAUGUACGCCGCAGAUGCUUCCAGAAUGUUCUGAUCCACUUGAGUCGUCCAACCUCAUCUCCUGACAGUUUGAAUAAAUUAAUCCACCGCUUUCUUUUUUCUCAGAACUGCUAAGAAUAAAUGUUUUUCUGUUCUUUUGUGCCGAUCAAAACGACAGUCUCGAUGUGACCAGAAAGAGUUCAAGGUGAAAUUUGCAUGAAGGUUUGUGAACCAUAAUGAGGUCUAAGUUCUAUCGUAAAGGGUCAAUAUGUUCAUUUCCACGACGACUGCAUGUAUGUCAUUCGCCUUGCUUUAUAUUGCUUUUCUUUUAAACAUGGCCUGUAUCACUUUAGUGGGCCAGAGUAGAGUGCUCACCGAUUGGCCACUGACCAGUGCAUUCAGCCAAUCAAAAGGGUUGACUGUGUCCUUUAACACUGUUCCAUGUGAACAGGGGCAAGAAUUGAAAAGUUGCUCUCCAGAUAGCGAGGCAGAGGAAUGUAGAGGAACUAGCACUCUAAGGAUUAAGUGGAUUAUAUACUGUGUUCUGAUGCAUUGAAUAACUGGUUAUAAAUCAUACAGUAUUGGC